AUGGCUAAACCAGGACCAACUGUGCCAGCUAAAAUAAGGGAAAGCACAAGGUUUUACCCUUAUUUCAAGGAUUGCAUUGGAGUUAUUGAUGGUACACAUAUUCUAGCAAUGGUGAGGGGACGAGAUUUAAUUAAUUAUUGUAAUCGUCAUGGCAAGAUAUUACAAAAUGUAUUAGCUGCUUGUAAAUUUGAUUUGGAAUUCAUGUACGUUCUUAGCGGGUGGGAGGGUUCAGCUCAUGAUUCAAAGCUACUAAAUGAUGCUUUAUCAAGGAGGAAUGGACUUAAAGUGCCCCAAGGUCAUGGUAAUGACCCUCAAAAUGAAAAUGAAUUGUUCAAUCUUUGCCAUGCGUAA